UGUUUAUCCUCCCAAUGGAAUGGAAGAUUGGUGACAUUAGACACGUGACACAACUGCCAAGUUUGGGGGAGACUUCCAACAUUCCUUCUUUGUGACGUGUAAGUAUGCGGGAGAACUAUUCCAGCCAUCACAAAGGCUGCUAGGAAACUUUCAUGAAGACAACAUAUCUCUUGACUCUGCUUCCAAAAUCUUCAAGCUUUCCGGCUACGGAUAAAUACCCUGCUGAGCAAAGUGAAAUCAUGGCACCGGUUCCUAUUGAGUCGUCUCCGAGGUAGGUAAUAUUAGACAGCGCCUAUCGUUCAACUUCAGAUUGGCAAGGCGUCUAUGAAACGUGCACUGCAGCUUAUCGAUAUCUCGUUUGAAACGCGCUCUAUUCGGACAUGGAUCACUAACCUCGAGAUAGCUACAUCCACACGGCUGUUGUAGGAGCUCAUCUCUUCUCAGUCGUGUACCUUUCCCUAGUUGCAUGCCGUACUAUCUAUCGGUCAUACCUCUCGCUCUUCCGCCAUCCUCUGCUACUAGGCAUCGAGAACCUUUGCGAAAAGGAUAUGUUCAGACAUUCUCCAUCUUGGCAAUUGCCAGCCUCGCCACAGCAGGUUUCUUCGGAGUGAAGUUUGCUCUCUUAUCAUACCGAGUCUGGUCUACAGAACGAGGUGUUGACUUGCCUGAAAGUCUCUUUGGCGAUAAAGGAGCUUUGAGAGCAGGUGAACAUCCUGGUCGUUUUCAUCUUGUGAGAUGGCUUAGUGAUACGCCCUUCUAUCGUGAUUCUCGUGAGAUUGUGGCCGAGAAGGCUCGUCACUUUUGGUGGGGUCAACAGGUCAACCUCGGACUCAUCUCCUUCAGCACUUACCUAGCUCUUGAAGGCCAGAGACGAAAGAUCUCAAACCUCUGGGCUUUCUUGGGACUUGCCCAACUUGUCAACUUGUCAUAUGCACAGAAUCUGUUCUUUAUUGCUGUGCUUCUUACUCCUGUACCUCUCCCCGCAAAUGUUCGAGCCAUUACAAGAAACUCUGUUCCAGUCACUUCAAGCAGGUGCGGCCAACCUUCUUGUGAAAAUGCUAUCACUCACUUUAUGACUAGGUACUCGCAUCUCCUUCAGAAGUUAUUCCCUAUGAAACAAGAUGGAUUCCUUCCCAGGCCGGCGCUAUACAUUUCCCUUCUGCUUGCUUCGUUUGUUACAACGUUCCUUGUACCAUAUGCUGCAAACACGACCGCUUUUGUGAACGUUUCUUGGAUCUCAGGGAUCUUGCCAUUCUGCUUUCUCUUCCUGCCAUAUGCGAUACCUGCAGGAUGGGGGGCUGUGCCAAGCCACCCUCAUGAUUCACAAUCAACUUACACUACUCUAUUCCGAGUCAUCUCGACUCUCUCGGCAGCGCUCCACCUAAAGUCAACAGCCGCGGCACUCUUUUACAAUAUACCGGAAAGCACGUACUAUCGACACAGUCUCUUGCAUCCUUUCAAAGAAGAGCACCGGACGACUUUAGGUCGUGGAUCUACCGCCAUUGGUCGAGUGUUGGCAGCCAUGGGUGAACAUCCUGCUGUGGGAUCAGUUGCUUGGGAUGUUCUCCUUACGGGCCUCAGCCUUGGGAUCUGGGCAGCUAUUAGAGGGCUAGAUGCUACAGAGAUGUUGAGAUCAAUCAUGAUUUACAUGAGUCGCGCAAGGAAAAGCCGCCAAGAGAAUUCAGUUGAUAGUAAUUUCGGGGGUAUCAAGACAAAAUUAGGAAGCGCAGCAUCAAAGAAUGGCGUAUCGUUGUAUCAAUCUCGUAAAGGUCCUGGCAGACCAAAGAAAACAGAAACAAGCAAGAGUACAGGAACGGAAGAGAGAAAACAACCAUCUACAGCGAGGCGUGCCCGAAACGAAGCCCUAGAAGGUGCAGGUCCUCCAAAAACAAGUAGUGAUCGGCAGAAGCACUCCAAAAGUGCGAGUAGACGUGCACAUCCAGCAAAGGGGGAAGACGAUGAUGAAUACCAUCCCUCGGAUAGUGAGAGGAUCGAUGAAGGCGACGAGGACAACGAAGCUGACUUGGAAAUUGCUGCUCUUGCGUGGGGUCUACUGUCUGUCGGAGGUCUGGGUACAGGCGGUAGUGCAGUUUAUGGCGCAGAGGCCACCUCCCGAUGACAACGCUCUGCAUCUGCUAUCGAGCCUAGGUGUUUAAUCCCAGCGGGCAUUGAUGUAGCCUGUGGUCCUUGUUGCCCGGCGGAUCUGGGCGUAACUGGUGUUGGGCCAGGAACUUCUGACCCGUGCCACGCAGCUUUUUACCCUUGUACUUCGGCUCGGGCGCAGACUCAGGUUCGAGAGCAGGGUAAUACUCGAUCCAGUCGCAAUUGGGCUUGUACAAAAAAUAUUUGACAUCCUGCAAUCCAUUCUCACCCAUGAUAGCAUAUGCUGUAACGGAGUCUGUGUCGAAGUUGAAGUUUUCUGGCCAGUUCUCCUCACCAACACAGAUCUGCUUUGCUCUAGCGGGCAUCGAGAAGAUCGGAGUGGACUUCCAUUUUGCAGUAUUGCUCUCCUUCUCGUAUUCAUAAUUCACAUUCUUCUCGUCCUCAUAUUCAUCUUCGUCGUCGACUUCGCUGUCCACUUCGGUAUCAUCUUCCUUAAAGCAGGAUCUUCGUCGUAUUGCUCAGAGGCCAGACCUACAAGCUUGAAAAUCGGAUUGCUCAUAUAGUUGACUGGCUUGGAAAUGGUGGUUGCGUCUGGAGUAGGACGUUUGCGGUGCUCCUAAGAACAAACGUUAGCACUGAUCAUUGAUGCUUCAGAUGUUGGCCCCCACCUUGACAAUGGCAGAGACGCCGUUGGACUUAUCAUUCUCAACCACGUUUUGGCUUACAGGAACGUCAUCGCUGUCCGUAUCUCCGGAUGCCUCCUCACUGUCCAAGACAUGGCUAGCUACAUUGAUGUUCUUUGACAAACUGUACUUUACCUUGGAAGAAUAACCUCUGCUGGAGCCAAGGUGUUGUACUCCCUCGAUGCAGACCACUACGCUGUUUAAAUGGUAGUAAUUCAUUGAUGACCACCUACACACGAAUUAUUCAAGAGCUGCAAGAAACUCAUAGAUGGGGAGAAUAGACAGUACUUGAGGAACAUGGCUGAGUUCUCAAUGUAUUGUAGUUUGAAUGAGGCUGCAAAAGCAUGGCGGGCUCGCUCAGAGACUGCCUCCGGCCCUCCUUGUACACACCCUUCUA